AUGGACCUUUUGGAGUUCCGCUUGUCUUCUCUUUUUUCUUUUUUCUUUUCUUUUUUUUUAAAAUUUACUUUGAUGUUUUUUUUUGUUCCUCACUCGUUUUCGGUGUUUUUUUUUUCUUCUUACUUUUUUUUUUCGUUUCUUACUUUUUUGAGAAGGUUUUUUUUGGGGGAAAGGCACAUGUGUUUAUGUAUGUAUAGGAGGAGGGGAGGCGAGCUGUUAACCACUUGUUAUUAUCUCUUCCUUUUACUCAAACUCGCGUUGGCGAAUAAUUCGUUUCAUUCUUUUGUUUCCUUUUCUACUUUUGUUGAAUGCCUCAUGCGAUUCCUUCUGUUUUUGCUGUACCGUUUCACUGCGUUAUAUGCCACACCACUUUUUUCUUUUUUUUCUUUCUUUUUUUUCUUUUGUGUUGCAUAUUCCCACCGCUUGCGUGUCCAGAAACUCAAUUAUACGCUUCACGCACGAAUAUUUGAAUUAAUACAUCACAAACUGUUGCUUGAGGUACUGAUUCAACCUGGCAAUGCCGGUGGUAUUCACCCACCCCCUUCCUCUUCCCCUUUGUUUUUUUUUCGGUUUUACGGGCGUUUUUUAAAAAAAAAUUUGCGCUUAGGAUACUGCUUGAAGUGUUUUGUUUUGUUUUGUUUGAGAAAAUAUGUUAUACAUCAUACAUAUAAUAUGCACGACAAAACAGAGUGCUAUUAUUAUUGUUAUUGUUAUUAA